UUGCAGCACCUCAAUUCAAGGGAUAGUGCAUAUUUACAACUCUAUCAACUGUAGCUCUGGCUUGGGGUCCACAUCAAGGAGCAAAUGAGUAGAUUUAUUUUCUGCUGACUCCUUGCCAUUUCUUAAACUUGCUUUUAGCCUAUCUUAUCCUGCACCAUCUGUUAACAUUAAUAUAUCAGAAAUAUAUCUCACAUAUAUGUUCUAUCCAUAAAUAUCCCGGCUUGGAUGCGUGUUUUAAGCUGUGGGGUGAAAGGGGAGCAUAACAAUAUCUUGUAAGAUGACAAUACCGUUUUUGCCACAAUCUAUUAUCCUUCCCUGUUGCGGAUGAAAUGCAAGUGAAUGGUUAGCUGUUUUUAAGAAUGCCACAAUUACUUUGCAGAAUCUUCAUCUCUGCUGCUGAAAGUAAAAUAAGCGAGAGCUCAUUUCGUUUUAAAAAUGAACAUAUUUUGUAAUAUCUCCAAGGGAGAUUCUGAUUUCAUCUCUUCUGAUUGUCAUGUUACAGUCCUAAAUCAAAUGUGCACAGCUUUUCUUGUCACCUAAAAUUGAAAUCACCCAUACACUGUAAAAUGCUGGAAGGCUGAAAUUUGAUUGAUGGCCACUUAGGCAGGCUGAUUUAUAACUGACUGAGAAAUCUGAUACAAGCAGAAUUAAAACUACUUUCUGUUUUUCACAUUACACAAACCUGUUGUUUAUAUGCACUGAGAACUCUCAUUCUGGCUUUCACACAUGCACACCAGGAGCAGGAGAAGGACUGAAAAGUGCACAGUGGGGCAUGUGUAAAUGCAGCUUUGUUGAAUUUUUUUGAAAAAUCAUCCUUUCAGAGCGUGCAGUCAAGAUGUCAAAGUGAACGCUUCAAAUUCCAAAAAAACUUGUCUGUGGUAAACUGUUUCUGGUCCACUUCAGAAAUAUCCGGUUCAGAUAAUGCUGUCCACAUCACCAGGGGAAUAGUUCACCCCAUACAGAAUCAAUGUAUAUAGAAUUUAGCUGCCAAAGGGUAGCUGCCACUAGUGAGUUCAUUGUUGGUUUCUAUGGAGACAGAUCAGCCUAUCCUGAACAGCUGUUAGAUCAUACAGAACGAUGCAUGUCUUUCUGUGCAAGUUCAGUACAGAGCACGUUGGAUUUCUUGUUCAGUUUGUCUUCAUGCAGCUUUUCUAAACUGUUACUAAUAGUGGAUGACCAUGCAGAGUUCACCCAGGACUCGUCUGACAGUGAAUAUUUUUAGCAACUUUUUUCAGGGCCGGAGACAUUCUUCUUCUGAUCCUCUUCUCCGCAUACUCCACAGGCGACGGAGCUCAGUUGUAGAGGUUCUCUCAACUUCUACCCAUAGGGUUAUGGUAGCCAUUUCCUCUGUAAAUCCUGAAGAGCUAAAUGCUGCUUUCCUUGAGAAAAAAAGAAGACCUAGACGUCCAACUGCAAAAUAUACCAAAGUCGGAGAACGCCUUCGUCAUGUAAUUCCUGGUCAUAUGCAAUGUUCCAUGGCAUGUGGUGGCCGUGCUUGCAAAUAUGACAGUCCAGCUCGGUGGACUGAUGAGGAACAAGCUAUUAAAGGGCUUUACUCAUCCUGGGUAACAGAUAACAUAUUAGCCAUGUCUCGACCCUCAACAGAGAUUAUUGAGAAGUAUAAUAUUAUUGAAGAGUUCCAGAGAUGUGACAUAAAAACAGUAAUUAACCUUCAGCGUCCUGGGGAACAUGCUAGCUGUGGGAAUCCGCUGGAACAAGAAAGUGGUUUCACAUACCUUCCUGAAGCUUUCAUGGAGGCGGGAAUUUAUUUUUAUAACUUUGGAUGGAAGGAUUAUGGUGUGGCUUCUUUCACUACUAUCCUCGAUAUGGUAAAAGUGAUGACUUUUGCCUUACAGGAAGGAAGGGCAGCUAUUCACUGCCAUGCAGGACUUGGCCGAACAGGUGUUUUAAUAGCUUGUUACUUGGUUUUUGCAACAAGAAUGACUGCAGAUCAAGCAAUUGUUUAUGUUAGGACAAAGAGGCCUAAUUCAAUUCAAACUAGAGGGCAGUUGCUGUGUGUAAGGGAGUUCUCACAGUUCUUAAUUCCACUAAGGAAUGUUUUUGCGUCUUGUGAGCCCAAAGCCCAUGCAGUUACUCUUUCCCAGUACCUGAUCCGACAGCGACAUUUGCUUCAUGGUUAUGAGAGCAGACAACUCAAGUAUGUGCCAAAACUUAUUCACUUGGUUUGCAAACUAUUGUUGGACUUGGCUGAAAACCGGCAAGUGAUAGAAGAGAAAGUAGUAGAUUUACCAGAUCUGUCAGCCGAAAUUGAAGGGACUGUUUCCCAGUUAGCUUCUACAGAGCUUGAUAAAGAGUUAAUAAGACAAGACAGUAGUACCUCGGAACCAUUCUCCCACUCAGGAUCAACUGCUCUUCAUUUAGACAAUGAUGAAUGUGAUCCUCUUUGGAAGAGGAGGAACGUUGACUGCCUUCAGCCUCUGAGUCGUACAAAAAGGCGCCUGAGCUUCAGUGAGUCAGAUUUAGGAAGAGUUGUAUAUGUCCCUGAGCACGGAGAGACACCGUGGUCAGUGCCUGUGCGAGUGCCAUUUCGCAACAAAACAGAUGAAACGAACAAUGAGGAGAAUUGUCACACUCUUCGGGUUGAUAUAAACAACGAACUCUUAGUUCGUAGCACAUUGACUUUCUGGAGUCAGGGUAAAUUUAAUUUAGAUGGAAAAGGAAGUCAUUCUCCACUUUAUCAUAAAAGCAGAUAUCCUAAAGAAGUACAGCGCAGUAAAACGUUUUCUUCAGGCCUUAGCUGUGAUCGGGCGGAAGAGGAUGAGGAAGACGAUGAAGAGUUAAAAACAUCAAACUACAACUUUCGUCGAAAAUAUAAUAUGUAUGGGAAGAGAACAUGGUCCUCUGAAGAUUCAGACUCUUCCAAAGCAGAGCGAGAGAAACACGACUUUAGAGAACUCUGUGAAAAUAUCCCUCAUAUUGUUGUGCAGUCAGAACUGACACUGGAGGCCCGAAGAAUUUUAGCAGCUAAAGCCCUUGCAGAUCUAAAUGAAUUUAUGGGAGCAGAAGAAGUAAACAGCAAGGUGGAAAAGUGCCUGCACCGCCCUGAAGGACUUAAAUUGCUAGAAAAGGGAAAAUAUCAUACUAUAUUAUGUAUUUUAAAGUGUGUGGUGAAUUUACGGACAGUACCAGAAGAUUUGGAAGAACUUUUUCUUGAUCGUGUCAUCAAAGCAUUCACAAAGAUGAAUUCUGAUUCUGAGAGUGGUCUGCAUGUUUACAACACUCUAAGGAAGGUUUUCAAACAGAUACUGGAACACCAAAGACAACAUUGCACAGAAAGAACGGGAAAUCAUGUUUGAUGUUCCCACUUCUAAGCUCUUCAGCCCUCCAAAAUGACCUUUCACUGCCAGCUAUUAUAAUUUGUAUCCUUUGGUUUGUGUUAACUAAAUUUCAGUUGAUUACUAAAUAACUGCAACUUAUUCAUUCUUACAUAUGUUGAUAUUUUAAUGAGUUGCCACUUUGUGUUUGUACUGUAGCAUUUUGAUAUUUGGUUGUAAAAGUAAUAUUUUUUUCAUUAAUAAGCUAUGUUUUUCAAGACAAACUGCUGCCAUAAAUUCAGUGCCAUGUUAUGCAAUGGUUUAUUUAGUUGAUGUUUGUGUAUUAACAUUUUAAGUAUACUUUAUGAUGUUUACAGCAGUGGUACUAUAUUUCAUAUUGUGAUGAGUAAACAUUUAUUUAUAUGGACAAUUGUACAACUCUAUGAAUUUUCCUUGGGAGUCAAAAAAGAACUGAUUGUAAUGGCAAAACAAAUUUUUAGGGAAAAAAUAAACAUAACAGAAGUGCAGAAAUGGACCAUCUAUAGACUGCGGAUUCUUCAUGAAAAAUUAAAAUAUUUUUAAUACUGUAAGAAUUUAUUACUCUCCCUUUUUUGGAAAUUCAGAAUACAAAAUUAAAAUAAAAUAUUUAAUGUUUUCAGGU